AUGUAUCGGUUUCCAUGGCAGCUGUCCGGAAGUGAGGAGGCUGCGGGAGUCAGGAGCGCGUCACAGACGCAGACACAGUGUUGCAGAUACAGUCUGGAGUCAGAGACAUCAGAGAUCAGAGAUCAGAGAUCAGUACAGAUGUCUAGUUCCACAUUUCAGAAGCUCGCUAUAGCGUCCUGCGUGCUGUUGUGCGUCGCGCUUCUGCUGCCGAAGAUGCUGCUAUCGCGAGGAAAGAGAGACGCAGCGCACGGCGAGGGGCCCGCAGGUCAUUCUCCUCCCACGCCUCACAGACCGGCUGUAUCUGUGUCCGAGGAGCAGCGGCGCUUCUCCAGAGCGCACAACCCCGAGGCCAUCGCCCGGGCCAAAGGAGCCAGCACCGGAGGAAAGUCCAACCUCGCAGGCCAGAUCAUCCCCAUCUACGGCUUCGGCAUCUUACUGUACAUCCUCUACAUUCUGUUCAAGAUCACUUCCAAAGGCAAAAUAACCAAACCUCCAGAGAGCCGAUUCGCUGCAGUCAGAUCCGAAAACAUGAAGAGGAAAAUAACUGAUUUUGAGUUGGCUCAGCUGCAGGACAGACUGAAUGAGACGAAGGACGUGAUCGAGAGGAUCAUUUCUGCAGCCAGCGCUGGCUCUGACAGGUGUGCAUCUCUCUCGCUCUGUGUGUGUGUGUGUGUGUGUGUGUGUUUCCAUGUGACGUGAGCGUGUGUGUUGGC